AUGGCGACCGUACGGAUUUGUCUUUGCGGUGACGAUGGCGUCGGCAAGAGCUCCAUCAUCACGUCUCUUGUCAAGGACGUCUUCGUCACAGCCAAAAUCCAGCCCGUUCUGCCACAGGUGACGCUUCCGCCCACGCUUGGAACGCCCGACAAUGUCACCACCACCAUCGUCGAUACCUCCGCCCUGCCUCACGAACGACACACGCUCCGCACAGAGCUCCGCAAAUCGAACGUCAUACUCCUCGUAUACUCGGACCACUACAGCUAUGAGCGGGUGGCGCUGUUCUGGAUGCCCUACUUCCGCUCGCUGGGUGUCAACGUGCCAGUGGUGCUGUGCGCGAACAAGUCUGACAUCGCCUCGAAUGGCACAACAUCCCAAGUCGUAUCGGAGGAGAUGCUGCCUGUCAUGAACGAGUUCAAGGAGAUCGACUCCUGCAUCCGCACCAGCGCCAAGGACCACCACAACAUCAACGAGGUCUUCUUCCUCUGCCAAAAGGCCGUCACACACCCGAUAGCCCCGCUAUACGAUUCCAAGGAGAACGCACUCAAGCCAGCAGCCGUGUCUGCACUGCAACGCGUCUUCCAUCUAUGCGACACAGACAAGGAUGGGUACUGGAACGAUCAGGAGAUUCACGAUUUCCAGAUCAAGUGCUUUGAGAAACCGCUGGGGGACGACGAUUUGAUGAACAUAAAGAGGUCGAUGGAGCGCUUUGCUCCCGGUCUGACCGGCGAGCAUGGCAUGGACGAGAAGGGGUUUCUGCUCCUGAACAAGAUCUUCGCGGAGAAAGGGCGGCACGAGACCAUCUGGAUCAUACUGCGGAAGUUCCACUACACCGACAGUCUGAGUCUCCAGGACACGUUCCUCCACCCCAAGUUCGAUGUUCCUCAGUUCUCCUCCGCCGAACUCAGCCCGUCCGGCUACCGCUUCUUCGUCGAUCUGUUCCUGAAGUUUGAUAUGGACAAUGACGGAGGACUCAACGACAGAGAACUCGCGAAUCUAUUCGCACCCACCCCCGGCAUGCCGACAUCUUGGGUGGACUCGUCGUUCCCAUCGUGUACAGUGCGCAACGAAGCUGGAUACAUCACACUACAGGGUUGGCUCGCGCAAUGGAGCAUGACUACCUUUGAAGAGCCCAAGACGACUCUAGCAUAUCUGGCAUACCUCGGAUUUGAGAGCGGCGAGCGCGGAGGCACAACCAGCGCACUCAAGGUGACCAAAGCUAGGAAGCGACGGAAGAAGCCUGGCCGCGUCGAGCGCAACGUCUUUCUAUGCUACGUCAUAGGGUCGAGCGGGAGUGGAAAGAGCUCAUUGCUGUCUGCCUUCCUCCAGCGACCGUUCAGCCACACCUACCAUCCCACGAUAAAACCGCGUUCGGCAGUCAAUAGCGUUGAGCUGAAAGGUGGCAAGCAAUGCUAUCUAAUUCUGGAAGAGCUCGGUGAACUCGAACCCGCGAUCUUAGAGAACCAGGCCAAGCUCGACGCGUGCGAUCUGUUGUGUUAUACCUACGACUCGAGCGACCCCACGAGCUUUGCGCAUGUUGUCGAGCUGCGGAAGAAGUACCCCCAUCUCGACCAACUACCAGCGGUCUACACAGCCCUGAAGGCAGACCAGGACAAGACGAUGCAGCGAUGCGAGCAGCAGCCCGACGAAUACACCAGCGCCCUGAGGAUGGCACCGCCACUGCACGUCAGCACGACGUGGAACAGCAUAUCGGAGCUGUUUGUUCACCUGGCCGAGAGCGCCACUCACCCCUCGACAGCCUUCCCCAAGCAGGAAGAGGACGGCUACGAUUAUCUCAAUCUUUACCUAGCGCUGGGGGCUGUCACGCACGCAUACUGUAUCCUGUGGUGGAUUGUUUCGUUUCCCUAUUCCCCGGCAAAGGCCCGCGGCGCCAACCCGACGUUCCAAGGAGCCCCCAAGCUGACCAAGUCUCGUACCCCACAGGCAACCGACAGAGCCAGAGAGCUGGACCGCCUAUAUCAGAUGCGAAACCCAGGCCCGCGCCGGGGGCAUGCGCCGCAGAUAUCCAUCAGCGAUGACAGCCACCACGUCACCGAGGCCAUAGGCGACAUGUACGGCGGCGACAGCGACACCGACGCCCCCAACCGCCGCAGCCUGCGACCCCUAAGCUUCGUCCCCAGCCCCAACGGCGACUCGAUCCAGUCCUUUGGCGCCUUCGAGGCCUUCGACCCCUUCCCCAACGCGCCCCCCGCGAGGUCCCCGCUGCGUCCCCAGAUGUCCUUCGAGAAGCCCCAAACGCCCACGAGCCCCAAUGGCACCGCCAACAUGAGCACGAAGCGGGCGUCGGUCGCCCGGCACCCGUCGAACGGCGGCCAGAUGUCCCCUCCGCUGUCCCGCUCGAACUCGAACACGGCGUCGCACCAGUUCCCGCUGAACAACCUCGACUACGAGAACAGCCCGGCGGGCCUCGCCCAGGAGCUGAGCAACCUGCAGGCGAUACGGAGGAUGUCCAUGGGCGUUAACAAUGCCGAUCCCGAUCUGCCUUCGUUCCAGUCCGCAAACUCACCGCCCUCCCCACCGGCCAUGUCGGAAGAGGACGAGUCGAAACUCUUCUGGGUACCCGCGCGGCUGCACCCCGAACUGGCGCCCAUGGAGUUCAAGACGUUCAUUGAAGACAAGAUUGACAGGACGAGACGACGCUCCGGAGACUCGGACUCGCUAUCUCCGGACGGCGCCAUGGGGCGUCAGGGCUCGGGUGGAGGGCUGCGGCGGAAGAAGUCCAUGCUGUCCAGACAGAUUGAUACUGGCUCUGGCUACAAGGACGGCGCCGAGAGGCUGGAGAGGAAGCGAUCCGGCGCGCAGCCCAACGGGGGCUUGUCGAACCUACAGGAGCUCGAGCACAUACAGGAGGACCCGGUGGCCUUGAUAAGACGGAUGAGCAUCGAUCAAAAGGGCAUGGCUGGGGAAGGGGAAGAGGGCGCCGACGGGAUGCCCAUUGUGCCGGGUAGCAAGAUGCGUGGGCUGGGCACGCUCAAGAGAUCAACACACACUACCUACAGACGAGGCAGUCUGCGGAAAGGCGGCCCGCCCCUCUCACGGCGACUCGUCUCUGGCCGACAAGGAGACACAGACACGGAAGAUUCCCCGUCCACCUCGCCCGUCCACUCUACCGAGAGCAUACCCGAAGUCCCUCCUCUCCCAGGUCUCAACCGCGUUCAGUCGGAACCCGUUAACUCGGCGUUUGAAGGCUCGUCCAACAACUUCUCGCGGCCGGGGGCAAAGCGGGCAUCUCCCAGCUAUGGCGGCGAGAGACCAGGUUCAUCUGAAGAGUACCCCAGGUCAGCUUCUACAGAGCCUGUCUCACAGCAGGAGCGAAGUUCGCCGCAGCCCAGGCAGUUCCACUCGAGAAUCGCCUCCAACGGCCGCACGACUGCACCUUUGCCAGGCUACACACCCCCGCCGCAGCAGGUACCCCAGAUUAUCGAGACACCACCGCCACAAGAACAGAACCGAACACCUCAGUUUCAGCUACCCGAACGUCACUCCUCCCGCCAACCUCCGCCUCAAGCCCAGCAACAACCUGCAGGCCCUCGCCAUUAUCCUCAGCCUCAACAGCAACCCCCGCAACAACAGCGCCAGCCCCAGUCGUCGAGUCGACCGAACCGUCAUGCACAAGCUGCUCAGUCCUCCCCGAUCAAGCCCGCGCAAUCCUUCGAUGACCUAGUAGCACAUCCUUCGGCGAUGCCCGGCCAGAACAACAGGGUCGAUUCGUUGUCCAUAAUCCCGAACGCGCCAGAAGAGAAGAAGCUCGAACCGAAGGCCAAAGAUAAGAAGGAUAAGGAUGGCUCUGAGGGCGGCCAAAGGAAGACGAGCUGGGGCUGGUUUGGCGGCGAUAAGGAGAAGGAAAAAGACAAGAAGUCAAAAGACAAAGACUCAGAAAAAGAAGCCCCGAAGAAGGUCAAGAACAAGCUCAGCAAGUCCCAGGAGAAGGAGAAGGACAAGGGCCACGAUGACACGAGACUGGACCUCCUGCAGACAUCGAUACAGGGCGGCGGGCGUGGUCGAGAAAGUGUAGUGUUGGAUCGCGAAAGCGUCAAACUGGAAGAAGAGCGGAAGAAGGAGAGCGCCAGAAAAACAUCCAGCGAAGGCAAGAAAGAGAAGGAACCUGGACUGCUGUCCUCCAUCUUCGGAGGAGGAAAGAAGAAGGGCGAGAAAGAGUCGUCUCACAAGAAGAACGCCUCACGUGGAUUAUCGCCCGAACCCCCGCCACGCAUCCUAAAGCCCGACAUCGACUACAACUGGACCCGAUUCUCGAUCCUGGAAGAACGCGCGAUUUACCGCAUGGCCCACAUCAAGCUUGCGAACCCCCGCCGCGAACUCUACUCCCAAGUUUUGCUGUCCAACUUCAUGUACUCGUACCUCGCCAAGGUCCAGCAAAUGCACCCGCAGAUUUCCAUCGGCAACUCCAAGCAAGCAAAGCAAGCUCAACAGGCUCAGCAACAGCAACAAGCCGCGCAGCAGAAGAAGGAGCAGCAACAGCAGCAACAUCAGCAGCAGGCCGCUCAGCAAUCUCAGCAGCAGGUACAGCAGCAGCAGCAACCGCAGCAACAGUCGCAGCCUGAGGAGUUUGCCCAGUAUCAGCGGUACCAGCAGCAGCAACAACAGCACGAACAGCAAUCCUCCGAAAAAUCCUCACAAGAAUGGCCCUCUGUACACCAACAACAAGCCAAUGGCGGCCUCUCACAACAACAAAACGGUCAACACCAGCAACAACAGCAACAACAUGUAAGAGGCGGCUCUCAGCAGGGUAAUUCUUAUAACCAGAACCCGCGUGAUUCGCAUCACUCGAAUCAUAGUGCGAAUGGCGGAGGUGGAGGUGGUAGUGGUGGUGGGGGUGGAUAUAGUGUAGCGAAUACGCAGAAUUAUCUGGGGCAGUCGGGUAAAGGGGGUGGGGGUGGUGGUGGUGGUGGGAUAGGAGGGGGAGGUGGAGGGGGGUAUAGUAAUUAUAGUGAUGAUGAGGGGGGGAAGAGGGGGGAUGAUGAUAUGUGUGACAACGCUAAGGAUACGGAUCUCACAAUGCCACCGAAAAGAAGACCCAGCAAGGACCGUCGAGACAAUUCUCAGCAGGACAUCGAACCAGAUCCAACCCUAGAUUCAGAAGAGGAAAUCCCGAUAGUGGAAAACGACAAGAACGAUACGGCGGAAGAGCAGCAGGACGAGGAAGUGCUGGGAGAAAGGGAUGGCACAGGGGACUCGUACCACUUACCUGAAGAAACAGAAGACGAACUCGCACAACGUCCUACGCGUGCCGGUGUAGCAAGAAAACCGCAAAAGAAUGUGCCUGCCAAAGCUGUCGUGGUCAUCGACGAGGGUGAUGAUGGGGAAGCAUCUGAAGCUCAACGACGGACUCAAGCGGCCGCUACCAUCAGGCGAAAUUGGGGCUUUGGAAGCAUUCGAGAGUGCAUCCCAGAAAAGAAGUGGCUUUCACGCGGACUCAAGGACUACGAAGACGAGAACUGGCAACUAGAUACCAUUGACGAGUUCGAAGGGCUGUCAAACGAGACUCAUGGACAAGGCGAUGCAAUGAAAGAGCAAAUUGGAUUAUUCUUCGAUAAAAGGGGGAGUACAGGGGCUAAUCGAAGGAUAGGGGGCAGUGCCUUAGAGAAGGAGAAAAACUUGGUUGAUGAUAUCAAAAGGCUACGUAAAGGGGACAGGAUUGACCCGGAGACGCAUAGAGAGAUACCUGCGACCCCUCGGGGGGCUGCAGCGGCAUCAGGCCCUAAGAAAAAGAGGGGAAAGCCUCAGGGUUCUGCAAACCCGGCACGGAAGGACAGAAGCAAUCUAGGACGAGCCAGCAAGGACAAGUCGAGCAAGCGGAAGUCGAACGCCAUGGCGGAUAUCGACGAGGAGUCAGAUGAUGAGGACAAUGGAGUUCAAGGUGGCGGCCAGCCGAGCAAGAGGCCAAGGAAAGAUGACCAGCAACCGGCUGAGAAGCAGAGUGGAAGACAACAAGCAUCAGGUCCUGGCAGCUCUCUACGCAACCGAAUACGGACAUUACAGCAGCAAAUAGACGCACUCGAUCUCAUCCGCCAGAACUGGGACAUCGAAUCUGUCCUGGAGUUCUUGCCACAACGCUGGUUUGAAAUGGGCGAAGACGCAGAUGAGCACAUUCCCCGGGCCAUCCUCGAGCGGAUACGCGAUCUAUCCAACAUCACCAAUACACCAGAGCAAGGUCAAGCCGUCGGACAAGCGCUACAUGACAGCAUGAGCUCGCGUACAAGUACCUCUCUAGAGGACAUCCUUGCGGUCAUCGCAGUGGCUGGCGAGCAGUUCUACGCCGCAGCUGAAGAACAGCGUCCAUCGCAUCCAGACAACAUGGGAACACCUUCCGACACCAGAGUUCUGGUGCGCGCAGCUCGAAUUGCUGCCGCACGCGCUGAUCGAGAUGAAAGGGGAUAUCUGCUCAGGUACGAGGACGGCGUGCUUCGAAGCGCGGCUAGGCAUCGGGAAGUUGAGCGGCUUGAAGAUAUCAUGGCGCAGCAGGAAAGGGAUGCGGAACGAGAGAGUGAUAGGGAAGACGACGGAGAGGAAGAGUGA